GGGGCUCACCUGUACGGCUUCGGGGCCAAGGGCCACGGGGGCGGCGCCAGCCCCUUCCACGCCGGGGCCGCCGGGGAGGCGGUGGGCAAAGGCGCCCCGGACGCGGGCGUCGUGGGAAACUCUCUGUUGGUCAAGAAGGAAGAGGAGGAGGAGGAGGGCCACCGGCGCAUCAAGAAGCUGAAGACCGAGAAGGUUGACUCCCUGUUUACAGUGCCAGCACCGCCGCCGCCCAUCGCCAGCAGUCUCACGCCUCAGCUGCUGCCCUCCUACUUUCCCCCAUCCUCAUCCAGCAUCGCAGCACCGGUGGAGCAGCUCUUGGUCCGGACUCGGUCCGUGGGUGUCAAUACGUGCGAAGUGGGAGUAGUGACGGAGCCGGAGUGCCUUGGGCCCUGUGAACCUGGGACCAGCGUGAACUUGGAGGGGAUUGUGUGGCACGAGACAGAAGAAGGUGUCCUCGUGGUCAACGUCACAUGGAGGAACAAAACUUACGUGGGGACCCUGCUGGACUGCACCAAGCAUGACUGGGCCCCUCCCAGGUUUUGUGAAUCACCAACAAGCGACCUGGAGAUGAGAGGAGGCCGGGGCAGAGGGAAGAGAGCCAGGUCGGCCGCGGCGGCCCCCGGCUCUGAGGCUAGCUUCACGGAGUCCAGGGGGCUGCAGAGCAAGAACAGAGGGGGCGCCAACGGCAAGGGGAGGCGCGGCAGCCUCAACGCCAGUGGGCGAAGGACACCCCCAAACUGCUCUGCGGAGGACAUCAAAGCCAGCCCCUCCUCCACCAACAAGAGGAAAAACAAGCCUCCCAUGGAGCUGGACUUAAACUCCAGCUCGGAGGACAGCAAGCCCGGGAAACGCGUCCGCACCAACUCCAGGAGCACUCCCACCACCCCACAAGGAAAACCUGAGACUGCUUUUUUGGACCAAGGCUGCUCUUCUCCGGUGUUAAUUGACUGCCCCCACCCAAACUGCAACAAGAAGUACAAGCACAUUAAUGGCCUGCGGUACCACCAGGCACAUGCACAUUUAGACCCCGAAAACAAGCUGGAGUUUGAGCCCGACAGCGAGGACAAGAUCUCAGACUGCGAGGAGGCCUUGAGUCAUGUGGCUCUCGAAUGCGGUGAGCCGAGCACCAGCGUGUCAGCCUAUGACCACGUGAAGGCACCCAUGUCCCCUGGGGCUGGGAACCCUCCUGGGACCCCCAAAGGAAAGAGGGAGUUAAUGAGCAACGGCCCAGGUUCUCUAAUUGGCUCGAAAACUGGGAAAAACUCUGGGAAAAAGAAGGGUCUUAACAGUGAGCUGAACAACCUUCCGGUCAUCUCCAACAUGACAGCCCCGUUAGACACCUGCCCGGUCCCCGAUGGCAGCUUGGCUGCGGAAAUGCCCAAGCUGGAAGCAGAAGGCCUGAUUGACAAGAAAACCCUGGGAGACAAAGAAAAGGGUAAAAAAGCUAACAAUUGCAAAAUGGAUAAAAACCUCUCCAAACUGAAAAGCGCCCGGCCCAUUGCCCCGGCCCCAGCCCCCACGCCCCCCCAACUCAUCGCCAUACCCACCGCAGCCUUUACCACCACCACCACGGGCACCAUCCCGGGACUGCCCUCCCUCACCACCACCGUCGUCCAGGCUACACCAAAGAGCCCUCCGCUGAAACCCAUCCAACCAAAGCCCACCAUUAUGGGAGAGCCCAUUACUGUGAACCCCGCUCUAGUGUCCCUCAAAGACAAAAAGAAAAAGGAGAAACGAAAGCUUAAGGACAAAGAAGGGAAAGAGACAGGAAGCCCGAAAAUGGACGCUAAGCUGGGGAAACUAGAGGACUCGAAGGUGGCUGGCAAAGACUUGCCUGGGCAUUUUUUAAAGGAUCAUCUCGGUAAGAACGAAGGGCUGGCCAAUGGGCUGUCGGAGUCUCAGGAGAGCCGGAUGGCCAGCAUCAAAGCUGAAGCCGACAAGGUGUACACGUUCACCGACAACGCCCCCAGCCCCUCCAUCGGGAGCGCCUCGAGGAUGGAGUGCAGUGCGCUGGUGAACGGGCAGACGCCCAUGGCACCCCUGCACGUGUUGACCCAGAACGGGGCUGACGGUUCAGCUGCCAAGACCAGCAGCCCCGCCUAUUCCGACAUAUCUGAUGCUGCGGAGGACGGCGGCUCCGACAGCAGGUCAGAGGGCAUGAGGUCAAAGGCCAGCUCCCCGUCAGAUCCCAUUUCUGGGAAGGACGGUGUCGUCAAAGGGCAUUCCUCCACAACAGCGCAAUCGUCGCAACUGAAGGAGUCCCACUCUCCCUAUUACCAUGGCUACGAUCCGUACUAUUCUCCAAGUUACAUGCACCCAGGCCAGAUCAGUGCCCCCACGGCGGGGAGCAACGGGAGCAACCAGGGAAUGAAGAUCAAGAAGGAGUCGGAGGAAGAUUCAGAGAAGAAAGACAAGACAGAGCAAUUAGAGGCUAAGAAAGUGGACCACCCCUCUGCCUCCCUGCAGCCCCAGCACCAGUCGGUGAUCACGCAGAGACACCCAGCUCUGGCCCAGUCACUGUAUUAUGGCCAGUAUGCCUAUGGACUUUACAUGGACCAGAAGUCUCUCAUGGCUACCAGCCCCGCCUAUAGACAGCAAUAUGAGAAGUACUAUGAGGAUCAGAGGCUGGCAGAACAGAAAAUGGCCCAGACUGGGAGGGUCGACUGUGAAAGGAAGUCUGAGCUCCCCUUGAAAGAGCUGAGCAAGGAAGACAGUAAGCAGAAAAACAUGCCAUCAGCCACCAUCUCAAAAGCCCCCUCUACUCCAGAGCCUAACAAAAACCAUGCUAAACUAGGGCCGUCGGGGCCCAGUAAGAGUGAGGAGACAGGUAAAUCGCAGCUCCUCUGCAAUCACCAGCAGCAGCUUCAGGCCGACAGCUUCAAAGCUAAGCAGAUGGAAAACCACCAGCUAAUUAAGGAGGCUGUAGAAAUGAAAUCCGUCAUGGAUUCUAUGAAGCAGACAGGUGUAGACCCAACCUCAAGAUUUAAACAAGAUCCAGAUUCGAGGACAUGGCAUCAUUAUGUAUACCAACCCAAAUACCUGGAUCAGCAAAAGUCAGAAGAACUUGACAGAGAGAAGAAAUUAAAAGAAGAUAGUCCAAGGAAAACUCCGAAUAAAGAGAGUGGCGUGCCCAGCCUUCCCGUGUCACUAACAAACAUAAAGGAGGAGCCCAAAGAGGCCAAGCGUCUUGAUUCUCAGUCCGUGGAGGAAAACAAGUUGAAAAAUGAUGAUCGAAAGACUCCUGUGAACUGGAAGGACUCUCGGGGAACCAGAGUGGCUGUGUCCUCCCCCAUGAGCCCACAUCAGUCGUACAUCCAGUACCUGCAUGCGUAUCCUUACCCACAGAUGUACGACCCCAGCCACCCCGCGUACCGGGCCGUGUCUCCUGUCCUAAUGCACAGUUAUCCUGGGGCCUACCUCUCUCCAGGAUUUCAUUAUCCUGUUUAUGGGAAGAUGUCAGGAAGAGAGGAGACAGAGAAAGUCAAUACCAGCCCCAGCAUCAACACGAAAACAACCACUGAAUCCAAAGCGCUGGACUUGCUCCAGCAGCAUGCCAACCAGUACCGCAGCAAGUCUCCCGCCCCUGUGGAAAAGACUUCGGCGGAGCGGGAGCGGGAAGCAGAGCGGGAGAGGGACCGCCACUCCCCCUUCGGCCAGCGGCACCUGCACACGCACCACCACACCCACGUUGGCAUGGGCUACCCUCUGAUCCCUGGGCAAUACGACCCUUUUCAAGGCUUGACCUCGGCUGCCCUGGUUACCUCUCAGCAGGUGGCUGCCCAGGCCUCGGCAUCGGGAAUGUUCCCUGCACAAAGAAGGUAA